AUGUCAGGUAGAGGAAAAGGAGGUAAAGGUCUAGGAAAAGGAGGCGCCAAGCGUCACAGGAAGGUGUUGCGUGAUAACAUCCAAGGUAUCACCAAGCCAGCCAUCCGUCGUUUAGCAAGAAGAGGUGGAGUAAAACGUAUAUCUGGACUCAUCUAUGAGGAAACCCGUGGUGUCCUUAAAGUUUUCUUGGAAAAUGUCAUCCGUGAUGCUGUCACAUACACAGAGCACGCCAAGAGGAAGACUGUCACUGCCAUGGAUGUUGUCUACGCUUUGAAACGUCAAGGACGUACCUUUUUAAACAUGUCAGGUAGAGGAAAAGGAGGUAAAGGUCUAGGAAAAGGAGGCGCCAAGCGUCACAGGAAGGUGUUGCGUGAUAACAUCCAAGGUAUCACCAAGCCAGCCAUCCGUCGUUUAGCAAGAAGAGGUGGAGUAAAACGUAUAUCUGGACUCAUCUAUGAGGAAACCCGUGGUGUCCUUAAAGUUUUCUUGGAAAAUGUCAUCCGUGAUGCUGUCACAUACACAGAGCACGCCAAGAGGAAGACUGUCACUGCCAUGGAUGUUGUCUACGCUUUGAAACGUCAAGGACGUACCUUGUACGGAUUCGGAGGUUAA